CUCAUUGCACCCCACCUUUAACAAACAUCCACUACAAUAUCUCAAACAAUGGAUAGACCACGAGGCGGAGGAUUCAGAGGGCGCGGCGGAGGCGGUGGUGGGCGUGGAGGUCGUGGUGGAGCCGGAGGGGGCGGUGGUGGAGGUGGUCAGGCCGGGUACAAUAAAGAUCAACAAGAGCGGAAACCUCGCGAGGCAAUCUUGGAUCUGGCAAAAUUUAUGGAUAAGGCAAUCACUGUGAAGUUUAAUGGUGGUAGGGAAGUUGUGGGAAUAUUAAAAGGCUACGACCAACUCAUGAACCUCGUCCUAGAUGAUGUGAAGGAAAACCUUAGAGAUGAGGAUGGAAACGAGACAACACGGGAAUUGGGUCUGGUCGUUGCGAGGGGUCCGAUGUUGACCCUCAUCUCGCCAAUGGAUGGUAGCGAGCAGAUCGAGAACCCGUUCAUGACGCAGGAAGGGUAACUGGGAAGCAUUAUCUUGUCUCUCUAAAUGGAUUGUCUUCUUUUCGAGAGAGCUUAAUAUCAUGGGAUUUUCUUGUGAUUGGGUUUUGGCGUUAGUUCUUCCAUUAAUAAAAGGGGGUCACACUG